UUUUUAUUAAUCGGUCUAUGCGUUGUAGGUAUGUAGGUUUUUCCGACUUUAUUAUAAAUGUCAGUUUCUUCGUAGUAACAAGGAUUCGCGUUCGCUAUCGCAAUGGCGAACAAGUACGAUAGGAAUAAUGUGCAUCAUGCUUGGCAAGAGAUGACCAGUGAGGAUAAGAGAUAUGCAGCGGAAUAUUUGAACGAAACUGACAAAAUUAGAGAGACUGCUAUCGCGGAGAUUAGAUACUGGAGCAAAGAAAGCGACGAUUUUCCCGCCCAAAUAGAUGAUUUUCUUAUUCUGCGAUUUUUGAGAGUCUGUAAAUUUGAUCUCGAGAAAACAAAGAUCAGAAUUCAAAACUAUUAUAAGCAGCAAUCCAAGUUACCAGAAUGGUACAAAAACAAAGAUCCAUUUCAACCGGAACUACAAGAGAUCCUUAAUUUGGGAGUUUAUUUGCCUUUGCGAAAACCGGACAGUCAAGGAAGAUUGGUUAUGCUUCUACGCAUUACUGUGCAUGAUCCAAAAAGAAAUAAAGUAUCAGAUAUGGUUAAGAACUAUCUAUUAGCGUUGGAAGCAGCGAUAAAAUAUUAUCCCACAACAUCUAUAUAUGGUUGCUCACUGUUAGUAGACACAUCUAAUCCAACUGUAGCUCACAUUACUCAAGCUAAACCUUACGAGAUAAUGAAUGUGAUUCAAAUGUGGGAGAACUGCUAUCCUAUGAGAUUUCAGAAAAUCGUUUUUUUUAACACGCCAUUAAUUUACGAUAUUAUUGUGAAAAUUGUAAGAUCUUUUAUGACCGCAAAGAUGAAGAGCAGAUUUCAAGUCUAUUCAGAUGCGCUCCACUGUUUUGAAGAUAUUCCAGCUAAUAUCUUGCCUGUCGAAUAUGGUGGUACAGAUGGUACACUUCAGGAAUUAACAGAAUAUUGGAAAAAAGAUAUAGAGGAAAAUCAUGAUUGCCUCACAAAAAAUGAAAAUGAUCAACCUAUCCAGACAGAUGAACCUGAAGAAACAAAUUUUGAAGAGAUUAUUACUCAUCUGUAAAUUUUUUAUAAAUAAAUUAACACGAUUAAUGUAAGUAAUUAUUUACUAAAAGGUACGAAUUAAUUAAAUUCUAAAGUGUAUAUGAACUCUACUACGUAUAAAUAAAUAUUCAUAUAACAAUUUUACUCAAUAUGUAUAAUAUAAAUACUUACUUUUAUAAAAUAUUAAAGGAAUUAAUCGAAGAAGAUCGCGUUUGCUACGAUCAAUGAGAAUAACAAAAUUGAAUAACAUUUUAGACCAGAUUUAGAUUAUUAAAUUUAGAAUUAACAGAAAAUGUUUGAUUUUAUCAUAAGUUCGAAAUAUUUUGUUUAUCUUAUUUUGUAAAUUUUGAGAAACAAUCUCUGUGUUUUUUUUUGCUGCAUAGAAUGAGAUAGAUCUACAUAGAAUAGAAUUAUUACAAACAAUGUAAAAAAAUGUUUUAAGAUUUUCUCAGAUUUAUCUUUCUCAGAUAGAUAUUUUAAGAUAAGGAAAACAGUAUCAGUAGCAAACUUAUGUAUGAACUGGAAAAAAUAUAUUGAAAAAUCAUAUGCAUUCAGAAGAUUAAUUGCGCAUCGCUUGGCUAGAGUUGACCAGUGAGGAUAAAAGAUACAUAGAAGUACAUUUGAACGAGACCGACGGAGUUAUAGAGAAUGUCAUUGCGGAAAUAAAACGCUAGUGCGAAGCAAGUGCGAUUAACUGUGCAUACAAAUCGGUAAAAAUAUUAAUGAUCCACGUAGUGGACACGUGAAAAUAUUGUUUGAUGAAAUUAGAUUGCAGUUCAUUAAUUGUAAAAUAAUGAACAAAUAUUAUUUUCAAUCGCCGUUGGUUUAAUGUUAUGUAACAUUUGAAUGAAAUAACACUUAUUUGUUCUUGACCUCACAAUAAGAAAAAAAUAAAAAGUGACAUAGCAAACAGCGUCUUUAUUUGCAAAAUAAAAAUCAAAAUUAUAUAAAUGUUUUAAAAAACAAUAAUAAAUAAUGAUAAACAAUGACUUAAAAAUGUAUAUGGGUUAGAUAGUAGAUAACAGAUUAAAUGCGCAUAUAUAAUACAAGUUCCAUGAUUGAUAUCGCGAAAUGAUUAUACAUAAUAGUUAUAUGCGUAUUUUAAAUAGCAACACGCAAUUAAUCUUCUGAAUGCAUAUAGUUUUUCAAUAUAUUUUUUCUAGUGCAUACGUAAGUCUGUUACGUCUUUAAGUCAGAUAAUAAUAAUGACGUCAACAGUUAUUAGUAAGGUUUUCAAUAAACCAAUAUUUCUUGUAAAAUAGAUAAGAGAUAAAGAUUGUAAACAAUGAAACUUUAAGAAAAAUGAGAAUCAAAUAAUUCAGUCAGCACAAGCAGAUUUAUCCAUAAAUUUCUUAUAUUACUAAUAAAUUAAAAUAGUUGAGAUAAGCAAUUAUUUACUAUAAGUUAAAAUUUCAUUGAAUUUUAAAAUAAAUUUUAAUGAUUUUGUAUGAACCACUGGAUAGAUUUGCAUAAAACUUGAAUUUAAUAUAUGUAUAUUGAAAGAAGCAAUCGAAUCAACAGAAAAUGUUUGCUCUUAGCGCAAGUUUAGAAACAUUUUGUUAUUUAUCUUAUUUUGCAAAUUUUGCAAAAAAGAUUAUCUCUCUUUUUCGUUUGUUGCAUAUGUUAUACGUUGUAUUAAUAAUGUAAUAUAAAUAAGCAAAUAAAGUUAACUAUUCAUCUGA